GGGAGGAGAAGGAGAUGAGUGCUGGGGUGCUGCCCCUCGGGGGGCAGAAAGCCCCUGGCAGCCCCCAGAAGACCGUGCCCAUCUCAUCCAGACCCCGGACGUCCUUCCUCAUCCAGGACAUCCUCUGGGAUGGGGCUGAGCGGAGAACACGGGCAGAGCAAAGUGAGAGAAGAGGUUUGGGCAGCGCGGAGGAUGGGGAGACGGGGGCUGCCCCAGGGGACCCCCCCAGGAGCCCUCAUGCCCCAGGAGCAUCCCCAGCCCAGCCCCACGAUGCGGACACAGAUGCCGCGGAGGAGACCCCCCUGUGCGACUGCGUCCCCCCCAAAAAAUCUCUGCCCCGUGCCCCGCGAGCCCCCACCCGGCCAGUGAAACGCUCGCGGGCGGCGUUCACCCACAGCCAGGUCCUGGAACUGGAGCGGAAAUUCAGCCACCAGAAAUACCUGUCAGCCCCAGAGAGAGCCCACCUGGCCCAAAACCUGCAGCUCACAGAGACCCAGGUGAAGAUCUGGUUCCAGAACCGGAGGUACAAGACCAAGAGGAGGCUGGGGGGAUCUGGCCUCGGCGGACUCGAGCCUGGGCACAAAGCGGCCGAGCCGCCCGCGGCCCCGCUGCUGACGCUGCACGCAGGUGCCCGCUACCUACCCUGCCUCUACUACCUGCAGGGCUGGAGCCCCGCGGUGUGGUGAGCACGGAGGCAGGUUUUCCUCUUCAAAUAUUUAAUUUUUCCCCACCCUGCCCCGCGUUGUUCUUGCUAAUGGUGAUUCGGAGAGGGAGAAUCCCGACCCUGUCCACGGUGAUGCUCGGCAUCCUCUAGUUGCAGCCCAAGCCUCUCUCGUUUCUGUUAUUUUUUAGUCAAACAAAAAGCCAAAAAAAAAAAAAAAAAAAAAAAAAAAAGAAAGAAAAAAAAUAAUCCCCAAAGCUUUUAAAAAGGGGUCAAUCCGCAGCCAUAAAAUAUCACCUGCUUUUGGGGGGGCAGAAAGCAAGAGCUGGUUUGUCCCUGCAGCAAGAAAUUGGCCCCAUGCAUCCCUCCGUGUCCACACACAUUGAUGGGGCAAAGCACCAGCAGCUGACACCGUGCUGCACCGAGAUGGCCCCAGCUCAGCUGCAUGGGCCCCAGCUGCUGCCAUCACCCGAUUUUCAUUUAUUAGCUUUUAAAAAAUAGCAAAAAAAAUAAAAAAAAUCAAUUUCUGCCACAG